AUGGCUUUCCUGAGCAACGUCAUCGCCAACACGCCCAAGGUUGAGUUGCAUGUCAACCAUGAGAAUACAUUGACGCCAUCGCUCAUCCUUGAGAUCGCCACACGAAACCAAGUGAUAGUUCCUGAAGCCAUCGGCUCGCUAGACACGCCUUCAGAUGUGUAUUCCUUUCACAACCUCACAUCUUUAGUCACAGUCUACAAACGCCAUUCAUACGGAUUUUUCUCGGACUCUCAGGCGCUCACCUCACACAGGGUCCCAUUCCCCAUUGUCAUUGUGGAGCUGCGGUAUGCCAUCGUGAAAGUAGAGCGUGAAUUAGGCAUGGGUACUAGCUUGAGCAUGUGUCUUCUACAAGAUAUCGAGCCGGGCCCCACUAUGGCUACGCUGACAGAUGCUUUACCCUAUAAGGGCAGGAUCCUGGAUGUCGGACUCGACCCCGGCGAGCGAGGAAACCCGCCAUCUAAGUUCUUGGAAGUUUUCAAGAGAGCAAAAUUGGAAGGGUUUCUGGUCACUUGUCGCUGGGAUAUCGAUCAGAACAAUAGUACUGGACAUAUUCGCUCGUCAAGCAGAGCGGGAUCGGUCUCGGAGUUAUCCGGUCAGCAACGUGGUGACGAAGGAUUUGAAGGAAAGAAAUAUUAUAACUACUAUGGGCCGGUAUCAGAGUAG